AUGCCAGGACAACAACUGUCAGAACCAAAUCCUCCUCCAGGACCUUCGCACCUCCCUGACUCGACGUUGGACUAUGUUGUCAGGCUGGAUACGAAAAAUUAUCUUCCAGAGGAUGAGCUGAAAGGACUUCAACUGUUUCGGAGGGCAGCGGACUACAUAGCUGCAGCUAUGAUUUUCCUCAAGAACAACGUCCUCCUAGAAGAGAAGCUGUCCCAAGAGAACAUUAAGCCGCGUCUACUUGGGCACUGGGGAACAUGUCCAGGCCUCACACUAAUCUACGCACACCUCAACCGCAUCAUCCGCAACACAGGACAAGAUACCCUCUUCGUCGUCGGUCCAGGCCACGGUGCACCCGGUAUCCUAUCCAGCCUCUGGCUCGAGGACUCCCUCAGCGUCUUCGAACCUUCCAUGACCCGUGACCGCCCCGGCCUCACAAAGCUCAUCUCGCGCUUCAGCGCCCCCGGUGGGUUCCCCAGCCACAUCAACGCCGAAACACCUGGCGCAAUCCACGAAGGUGGGGAGCUGGGCUAUGCACUGAGCGUCUCCUUCGGCGCUGCAAUGGACAACCCGGACCUAGUGGUUGCGUGUGUUGUAGGGGAUGGAGAAGCAGAGACGGGUCCGACGGCUGCUGCGUGGCAUGGGACCAAGUUCUUGGACCCGGCAGAGUCUGGAGCUGUUCUUCCUAUCCUGCAUCUCAACGGGUUCAAGAUCUCGGAGAGGACAAUUUUUGGCGUUAUGGAUGAUAAAGAGAUCAAUUCUCUCUUCAGUGGAUACGGAUACCAAGUCCGCAUCGUUUCUGAAUUGGACAACCUCGAUAAUGACCUUGCGGCCUCGAUGGACUGGGCUAUCUCCGAGAUCCACAAGAUCCAAAAAGCAGCGCGCUCAGGCAAGCCUAUCCCCAAACCUCGCUGGCCAUUGCUCGUGGUCCGUACUCCCAAGGGCCUCGGAGCACCCCAUUCGAUUCACGGCUCCUUUAUCGAAGGGUCGUUCCACUCGCACCAGGUUCCGUUGCCGAAUGCUGCGAAAGAUAAGGAGGAACUCAAGGCGCUUGAGGCUUGGCUGGAGUCGUACAAACCCGGAGAAUUGUUCGACGAGAACGGUGCCCCUCGACCUGAAGUUCUAACCAUCAUUCCGCAAGCCAACGCAAAGAAGCUUGGACAGCGCAAGGAAAGCUACGGCGCGUACAUCCCACUUAAGAUCCCCGACUGGAGGCAGUUCACCGUCGACAAAGGAAGUGAAGAGAGCUGCAUGAAAUCAGUUGGGAGGUUCCUCAAGCAAGUCAUUGUCGACAACCCCAAAACAUUCCGAAUUUUCUCCCCCGAUGAACUAUCCUCCAACAAACUCGACGUCGUCCUCGACGAAACGCGACGCAACUUCCAAUGGGAUAUCGGCGGCAAAGGCGGGCGCGUAAUCGAGAUUCUCUCCGAGCACACUUGCCAGGGUAUGCUUCAAGGCUACACCCUCACAGGCCGCACAGGGCUUUUCCCCUCAUACGAAGCAUUCCUUGGAAUCAUCCAAACCAUGAUGGUCCAAUAUUCCAAGUUCAUCAAAAUGGGCUCAGAAACGAAAUGGCGCCAGCCUCACGGAUCGCUCAACUACAUCGAGACAUCCACAUGGGCAAGACAAGAACAUAACGGCUUCUCGCACCAGAACCCGGCGUUUAUCGGCGCAGUGUUGAAUUUGAAACCAAAGUUUGCGAGGGUGUAUUUGCCGCCGGAUGCGAAUUGCUUUUUGUCGACGGUAGCGCAUUGUUUGAGGGCGAAGAAUUAUGUGAAUUUGAUGGUUGGGAGUAAGCAGCCUACGCCGGUUUGGCUGAGCCGCGAGGAGGCAGAUAGGCACUGCAUCGCCGGUGCCUCCAUAUGGAAGUUCGCCAGCGUCGACGAAGGACUUGACCCGGACGUCGUGCUCGUUGGCAUCGGCGUCGAAGUGACGUUCGAAGUUAUCGCUGCAGCUGCGCUACUCCGGAAGCACGUCCCUGAGCUUCGGGUACGCGUCGUAAACGUGACAGACCUGAUGAUUCUCGGGGCCACUGGCACGCACCCUCAUUCUCUCAACGACGAGGCUUUCGACACGCUCUUCACAAAGGACAGACCUGUGCACUUCAAUUACCACGGAUACCCCAUCGAAUUACGUGGAUUGCUGUGGGGUCGACCGAACAUGGAGCGGAUUACCAUCGAGGGUUAUCGGGAGGAGGGAACCACAACUUCUCCAUUCGACAUGAUGCUCUGCAACCACACGUCUCGUUACGACGUCGCUGUGGCGGCACUCCGUGGUGGAGCCAAGAAUAACCCCAAAGUAGCUCUCGUCGCCCAUGAAAUGUCCAGCUACUUUGAACACAUGGCAAGAAAGGAGAAGGACUAUAUCUUGGCCGAGGGCAAAGAUCGCGAUGAUAUGUUUGAAGUUCCCAAGUUUGAUUAG